AUGAACCUGCGUGGCAGAAACAUGUCUGAGUUGAUCUCUAACACCAUCAAGACCUUCAGUGCUCUGGAGUCCAACCCUUGGCCUUCGCCUUCGCCCGAUAAUUUGACGCACUUCAGGUGUCAGGGGAGCAAUCUCGCCCGCAACGGCAUCGAGACGCAAGCGGCAAACUGGUCCCAGCGUGGUGGCGUGGCGGACUUCGGAUCUCGCUGCCUUCACGCCGAGUCGCAAGUGGAGAAGAACUGGCCGGCGCUUCUGAUUUUGGUCGCCAUCGCCGUCACGGUCAUGGGCAACAUCCUGGUGAUCCUGGCGGUUUCCCUGGAGAAAAAGCUGCAGAACGCCACUAACUACUUCUUGAUGUCACUGGCAGUGGCUGACAUGCUCCUCGGCAUCUUGGUGAUGCCGGUCUCCAUGGUGACCAUUCUCUACGAUUACAAGUGGCCUCUUCCCUCCGACCUCUGUCCGAUCUGGAUCUACCUGGACGUCCUGUUCUCCACGGCGUCCAUCAUGCAUCUCUGCGCCAUUUCACUGGACCGCUACAUCGCCAUAAGGAACCCCAUCCACCACAGCCGCUUCAACUCCCACACCAAGGCUCGCAUCAAGAUCAUGGCAGUCUGGACCAUUUCAGUGGGCAUCUCAAUGCCGAUUCCCGUGCUGGGACUCAGAGACCACUCCAAAGUCUUUAAAAAUGGAAACUGCCUGCUGACAGACGACAACUUUGUUCUGGUGGGUUCCUUCAUCGCCUUCUUCGUUCCGCUAACCAUCAUGAUCGUCACCUACUUCCUGACCAUCCAUGCCCUGCAGAACGAAGCCACGCUCUGCUUGGACCAGCUCGUCCCGCGGCCCAAAUGGAGCACCACGUUCACGCUGAGCUUCUUCCCUCAGAGCUCCCUGUCCUCCGAGAAACUCUUCAGGCGCUCCAUUAGCCGAGAGGCCGGUGGGAGAGGAAGCGGCAGCGGUCUCGGCGGCGCCCGGGAGAGCAUCUCCGGGUCGAUGUUCGGACGACGCACCAUGCAGUCCAUCAGCAACGAGCAGAAGGCGUCCAAGGUGCUGGGAGUCGUGUUUUUCCUCUUUGUGGUCAUGUGGUGCCCGUUCUUCAUCACCAACGUGCUGAUGGUCGUGUGCCACCACAACAUUUGCCACCCGGAGGUCAUGGAGGGCCUGUUGAACAUCUUCGUCUGGGUCGGGUACUUGUCUUCGGCCGUCAACCCGCUGGUCUACACACUUUUCAACAAGACGUACCGCACAGCUUUCAUGCGGUACAUCCGCUGCCAGUAUCAGCCAGAGAAGAAGCCUCUCCAGCUCAUACUGGUGAACACCAUCCCGCCUCUGGCCUUCAACUCCACCCAUCUGCCCCUGGGCGACAUGGGGAGGUUACGCAACGGAGCGACGCACGGUGAGACGGAAGGAAGGGAAUUCUCCCUGCCGGGGAAGGAAACGGAAAAGUGCAAACAGGGCAAAAGCCAAAGAGACAAAGAUGAGAGCAGUGUGUAAGGAAUAUCAAAGAAAACCCUUUGUAAAGGUAGCUGACCACACAUCAGAUAAAGGCCUACACUUCAUCUGUUUGCUGAAGGUACAGAGACUGUCCCUACCAAUUUAAAGUGUAGAGAGUUUAAAUCUUGUUGUCGUAAUAAUCAAAAAGGCACAAGGCACUUAGUGCAUUAUAAAAGCGUUCUGAACAGCUUCAGCUGUAAGUGCACAGUUCAGAUUAGUUCAGCAUUUGAUCAAUUGACAAGACCUGGAGCAACUGAAGUAAAAGUUAAUUUUCCAAAGUGACAAUUGCAGAUUUAAAAUUUAAAUUUUAAAUCUAGCUGAUUUCUAAUUACAAACUUCCACUUAAAGGGAGAAAUUUACUCUUAGGCACCCGGCCACAACGAAAGAUGUCACUUUUACUAAAAAGAAAUAAUUGUAUUUUUGUAUAAUUUCUCUACCCUUGGGCACUCACCUGCAGUAAACCAGAGCAGCUCGUUCACUCUGCCAGCUGCCUGGCAUCCCACCUUCCAUCAAACUGUACCUCUGGGUGGAUCAGAGGGGAUUAUAUUGGAUUUGCUCCCACUUGGUGGAACGAAGGUGUCAGAGAGGGAAAACCUGGCACACCUUGACUCAAAACACUCACAAAGGUCAGCUUAGGCUGCCAAAAAAGAAGAAGAAAAAAAACUUUCUGCCUCUGUUUUGUUGAAACUCUGUAUGAGUAACUUUUAAAGGUUUAUAUUUUCAAGCGUGAAGAUGAUUGUUGCAUUGCUGAUAUGAAGACUGCAAAAUGAGAUUAUAUAAUAGCAGGAAAUGAAGAGGGUUUAAAUGUUGAUGUAUCCCCUUGUAAAAGUCCCAGCUCAUAUUGUGCUCUUACCAAACUAUGGGUGCACAUUUCCAGUUGUUUCAGUCAUAACACAUUGUGUUCAGUGCUCUGAUAGGUGGCUACCACAUGUUAAAACCUUUGUAUGAAAAUCUGUGAAUGUGGAACUGCUGUGAAAGACUGAAUUAAAUGUCUCAUUGACGCAGGAUGUGGUGUUCAGGCCAGAGUUGGACAUUGUACAUCAUCUUCUGGGACUUGAAGCUACGACAGCGUAGCAGGGCCGUUGUACAAAGGGAAAAAAAGGAGUAAAUUUCCACCCAAAAAAAUGGAGAAAUUUUGAGAUUGAUCUCAGAAAUCUAC